AUGUACGGUCUAGCAAGAGGUCUCCGGGCCGCUGCGCCCUCCACCGCACGAGCGGUCUCGCAACCCCUUUACCGUCAAGCAGCUCAGCCUUCUUUUGCCCGAAUGGCCCCUCUGGGAGCUCGUUUCAAUUCAGGGAAGGUCCAGGGCAGCGUCAUCGGUAUCGACUUGGGAACCACCAACUCCUGUGUCUCGGUAAUGGAGGGUCAGCAAGCUCGUGUCAUUGAGAACUCGGAAGGUGGACGUACCACGCCCUCGGUGGUAGCCUUCACAAAAGACGGAGAGCGCCUGGUUGGUGUGCCGGCUAAGCGUCAGGCUGUCGUCAACCCCGAGAACACCCUUUUCGCCACAAAGCGUCUCAUUGGACGCAAGUUCCAGGACAAGGAGACCAAGCAGGACAUUGACAACGUUCCCUUCAAGAUUGUACCUCACUCCAACGGAGAUGCUUGGGUGGAAGCUCAGGGCCAGAAGUACUCUCCAUCUCAGAUCGGAGCCUUCGUUGUUGGAAAGAUGAAGGAGACCGCUGCCGCUUACCUGGGCAAGCCCGUGAAGCACGCUGUCAUCACCGUCCCUGCUUACUUCAACGACUCGCAAAGGCAGGCCACCAAGGACGCCGGUACCAUCGCCGGUCUUGAUGUCCUGCGUGUCAUCAACGAGCCUACCGCUGCUGCUUUGGCCUACGGUCUCGACAAGCAGGAAGCAUCGGUAAUCGCCGUGUUCGACUUGGGAGGAGGUACAUUCGAUGUCUCCAUUCUGGAGAUGCAGAAGGGUGUCUUCGAGGUCAAGUCGACAAAUGGUGACACUCACCUGGGAGGUGAAGACUUCGACAUCGUGCUCGUUGAGCACCUCCUUGCCGAGUUCAAGAAGGACAGCGGGAUUGACCUCUCCAAGGACCGCAUGGCUAUUCAGCGUAUCCGUGAGGCUGCCGAGAAGGCAAAGAUUGAGCUGUCUUCCACUUCGCAGACCGACAUCUCCCUCCCCUACAUCACUGCCGACGCAUCUGGACCCAAGCACAUCAACUCGAAGCUGUCGCGUUCUCAGCUCGAGAAGCUGGUGGGCAAGCUGAUCGACAGGACUGUCGACCCUUGCAAGAAGGCUCUCUCCGACGCCAAUGUCAAGCCCAGCGACAUCCAGGAGAUCAUCAUGGUCGGUGGUAUGAGCCGAAUGCCCAAGGUCGUGGAGACCGUCAAGAACAUCUUCAAGCGUGAGCCUUCUAAGGGUGUCAACCCCGAUGAGGCUGUCGCCAUUGGUGCUUCCAUCCAGGGUGGUGUUCUGUCCGGUCAGGUGACCGACAUCCUGCUGCUCGAUGUCACUCCCCUCUCCCUCGGUAUCAACACUCUCGGCGGUGUGUUUACCCGUCUCAUCAACAGGAACACCACCAUCCCCACCAAGAAGAGCCAGGUCUUCUCGACUGCUGCUGACGGACAGUCUGCUGUCGACAUCCAGGUCUACCAGGGAGAGCGAGAGCUCGUCAGGGACAACAAGCUGCUCGGAAACUUCCAGCUGACUGGUAUCCCCCCUGCGCCCAAGGGUGUGCCUCAGAUCGAGGUCACCUUCGACAUUGACGCAGACGGAAUCGUCAACGUCUUUGCCCGUGACAAGGCCACCAACAAGGACGCCCAGAUCACCAUUGCCGCCGGCUCUGGUCUGAGCGACAACGAGAUCGAGAGGAUGGUGAACGAUGCCGAACAGUACGCUGAGACCGACAAGGCUCGCAAGGCCGUCAUUGAGGAGUCGAACCGUGCCCAGAGUGUGUCUGCAGAGACCACCAAGGCUCUCGGAGAGUUCAAGGAGCAGAUCGACAAGGCCGAGGCUGAGAAGGUUGAGGCCCUGAUCAAGGAGGUCGAGGAGAUGGCCACCCGUGGCCAGGCUGGUGAGGAGGGACUGGCAGCAGACACGAUCCGUGUGAAGAUCGAUGAGCUGCAACAGGCUUCGCUGUCGCUGUUCAAGAAGGUGUACGAGAGCAGGAGUCAGCAGGGCGAGCAACCGAAGGAGGGCGAGGGAGAACAGAAGAAGGAGUAA